AUGCUCCGAUCAAUUGUAUACCAGGACGCUUGUGUAGACGAAAGGCGGAGGAAUCGUGCUGAUAAGUAUGAUUUGAUGCUUAGAUUCCGUCCCUACCCAUCUUUAGUUGUGUUUGAAGUGUGGGAAGCAGUAGAAAGGAUGUCGAGCCGAUCAGACCUAUCUGACUCGCAAGAAAUGCCGAGCAGCAAGUCGGCGUUUAGAGAUGAUAUGAAAGAUGAGGAAGUGGUAGAACAGAUGUUUGAAGCAGCCGACCAGAUAGGUGAGGAUAUGCCUAUUAGGCUAGGUAGGAACUUUGAGUAUCGAGAGGUUGUUGAAAAAGGGGGUGAGGAGGAGUCGAGAGAGGGAAGGGAUGUGGCAAGAGCGGGCUCGGGUGAGUCAGAAGGAGGAGACAUGAGCACAAACGAGGCUGAAGAAGGAUGGUCAGCGGAUAAGCAUCUGAGCACAAUGACUUAA